AUGGGACAGAACCAAGGUAAGGUUGGGGAGCAACAGGGGACACAGGAGGAAAAGGAACCCAGCCCAGACCCAGGGGGUAGUGAGAAGGAAGGAAACGCAAGCAAGGAGACCUGCCGAGAGGUGGAGGAUGACGCGGGACUGGUUAGGGAAAGGCUGGAUGUGAGCCCAGGCACAGAGCCAGCAUCACCUACUCUGAAGCUGGAUACUCACUCUCACAAAAAAGGGGCCCCUCCUAUUGACUGGGAAUGGAUACAGGGAGGGGAUGGAGAAAGAGAGGGAGGAAGAGAAAGAGGAGAGGGCGAGGAAGGCAGGACCAAAAUUCGAGGUUUUCAGAAGCUGAACAAUAUUAGAGUCAUUAAGAGAGGCACGUUGAGCACUGAAGUGACUGGUUCUUCAAAACCAGAGAGCAUUGCUGUGGAAAAAAGGAGCAACAGGAUGAACCUGGAGAACUUGACGAACUCAGACUGUCAGAAUAACAGUCAUGAAUGGAAGGUAUUUCAUAAGGACAACAUCCAGGACCUUCCAUGGGACUCAUCUAGCAGAGUGGAGAAUGUUCAUUUACAGCAAUCCAAAUCAUCAGCCAAUGAGGAGAAGAGUGUCACUUCGGAGGUUACACGCAGCCUUAAGGAACAAGACGGAAGCGGCAUGACCGAUAAUGUGGCUGUUCCUGGCAUCGAUGCCAUAACUGUCACAGAAGAUUUACAUGAUGACAAUUUUCCAUUUGAAAUGCCUAUUCCGAAGUCUGAGGCACCAACCAGAGCCGUGGAGAAGAACAAUCUAGAUGCAUUGAAUGCUCUGUUAAAAAAGAAUUUACCUGGAGAAAAUCCAUUAUGGCAAUACGAACCUACUGUCAUCCUAAAGUCUUGUGAACCAAGCAUGGAUGAAGAAGACAGAGGGAGAUUAUCACUUUCUACUUCUUCUAGAGAUAACCUACCAUUAAAAUGGAGAUCAACCAAAUCUGAAUGCCAGGAGAAUAUCAUUCCGAGUGAAUCAGGUAGUUCAGGAUUACAGGAGCAUGCAGCAAUAGCAGAAGAAAUCUAUGGAACAGAAAUACCAUCUCUUAAAAUGACCUUAGAUCUGUCAGAUAGAUUGGAGGUCAAAACAACAGAGAUGUUAUUACCGAACAGGGGAGAUGUCUGUGAUUUCGCCACCACGGUGGAGAGUAAAAUCAGGGAUAACUUUGGAAAAAUAAAAAAACACCAGGCUUCAAGUAGUAAUAUCGAGAGCAGUGAUACAACAGAGAAGAGCAUAACUAACGCAGAUUCCUCAGUGAUGGCAUCUUUGGAUCUUGCAAUCUACAAAGGUCCAACCAUGUCAGGGUUUGAAGAGUUACUGGAAGAGGAAAAACAUUUUCCUAUGCCAGACUUGGAGAGACUGAAGAAUAAUGCAGAGAGAAAAUCUGACAUCUCAUGCGGUGGAGGAGGAGUUUAUAAGGAGACUAAAGAGUUCCUGCAAGAAGACCGAGAUGAAUUUCAUCCCCCACCAGAAACAGCCAAUGUUCAAACUGAGAAAAUUCCCGAGCAGUUUUUGGCCGUGGUGACUGGACAGUCAGAGAUGCCGUCACUCCCUAACAUGACAAAGGGCAUUAAGGGUGAACUGGAUCCCCAUCUGCCUUUGUAUGCAGCCAGGGAAUCAAAAGAUACUCUUGUUAGAGAGAGAGAAAUAAGAAAUCAAGAUACGCUUUUGGGGAAAGCUAUAGCAUCAGAAAGCGACUGGGACAAACUACCAGGCAAUAUUAUGUUUUCCAACCAAGACAGGGAUAAGGGAAGGACAAUGGCAACAGAGAAAAUUUUGAAAGCGCGAUCAACUGUAACGUUUGGGAAAGAUAGUGACAAAUCCUUUGGUGAGAUGACAUCAAAGAGGGACAGAUACAACCAGAGUGGUGAUAAAAACAUCAUCUCAGUUCCUGAUAUUCAUCAGGAAGCAUCUGUAUCCAUUUCUAACUCCAAGCUCACCUCUGUCUCAGAUAGCACUGCAGGCCAUGAAGAGGGCAGGCUACUACUGUCUCAUGUAGAAUCAAAGACUUGCGUCCCUUUGACUGAAGUUUCAAAACCUAUGGAAAGCCACAAAAUAAAGAAUAUAACAAAUGAAACAAAGCUUUGCAUUGCAGAUCCCGUAAAAGCAUUCACUGGUCCUGCCAAGGAUGGAUAUGGAAGUUCUGUAUCGCAGACCCCUGAGACAGAUAAUGCCACCACUCCUCUGGAUGUGCAAAAUUCCCUGCAACACAAUACAGUCCAGACCAAUCUUGCGCCACAAUCCACUGGACAGUCUCUCGCUUCAGACACUGACGAUGCCGAUCAAAGCACUGGAACAAGGAACGGUCAGACUCCUGUAUCUGUUCAAGGUGGUAUCCCAGCAAGGGACAAAGCAGAAAACCCUCCAAAAGGCAAGCCUGUAUCUGACCUGAUAAAAGAAACCAUCCAGCUGCAUGAGAAGAUGAAGGAAUGGACCAAACCUGCAGAGGCUAAAACUGAUGUGAUCUUGGACUCUACACAGUCGGUCAAAGUGGCACAGAUGAAGGCAGCGUUCGACUUGCCAAAAAAGUCACCGGAUAAAGGUCUGGAACGAAAACCUUCAGUGAGGAAAGUGGAGAACGCAGAGACGAAUUGCCGCUCGGAAAUGUUCCAAAAGAGGAGUCUUCGUAAUAACAGCAGACGAACUGAUGGACACAUGGAUCUGGAAUGA